AUGCCACCAAAGAUUAGGUAUCGACAUACAGCUUAUCGACCAAAAGCCGGUGACCCAAACAGGCCAAGGACUGUCCGGGGUGCUUACAUCUACAACCUCGUCGACUGCCUUCAAACCUGCCUCCUCCGUCGGGACCUCGACCGUGCGCGCCGGGCAUGGGCCAUUUUAGUGCGAUGUCCAGAUGUCCAUUGGCAUGAUUUGUGGCUCUGGGGCCUCUAUCUCCUUACCGACGGUGCCGACAGCUCAUUUUCACGCUUCUCACAGAACGAGCCAGGUAAAGAGGGCGAGCGCUAUCUCCAGUCUCUUCAGGUGGCUGCCAAGGAUGCUGACAAGCCGGUCAUUCUCUGUGAGCUUGUGCAGCACCUGAUCCGCGUAGGACGAUACCGUGCUGCUUUGGAAGAACUGGAGAUGUACAUCUCCUCCUUUCCGUACCUCAACUCGGCACAGCUGCUCACGUACGCUGGGCUGCUGCACUUCUAUCUCGCUCAACCUGAGUCAGCCCGCGGAGGAUCUGCGACAGACAACGCUGGCGGGACAAAGAAAGCGCACAGAGACGUAGGGGAAGAUGAGAGCGAGGGGAACUCGAUGCGCUCGAGGUCAAUGUCGGUUGAUUCUGUGGACCAUUCGGCCCCCAACCCGGAGAUGAUGCGCCAGGCGCGAAAAUGGUUCGGCAAGGCACUCAAGGUCGAUCCUCAACUGGCCGUAGCCAAGGAGUUUGCCGGUCUGAUCGAUGGUCCAAAUAAGGACGCGUCAGACGACGAGAUGGACCAGGACAGCUUCGACCGCGGAGAGACCAGGGAACGCCAGCCAUCCAUCAUCAGCGUCGACAGUGAGGGCGUCCCUGCAGCGUCGACAGCCAGAGUUGGUGACGACCAGGAUGACGACGAGUCUGCCAAGUGGGACGACGUUGAUGACAAGAGUGAUGACAAGAGUGACGACAACGGCGAAUAUAUGAGUGACGAGAAGAGUGACGACAAGUGGGACGACAAGGAGGGGGACCCUGAUGCCGACCUCUGGAAGUACCAGCGUCGCCGUGGGGACUCGAUAUCCAUCCACGGACCAAAAAUGUCGACCUCCCAGAAAGUCCGGGCUUCGGAGCUUGCCUCCAAGAACAAGGCCGACCUCCUUGUGCAGCUCACCGAGCUCCGCACUGAGCUCGCUGCUCUCCGCGUCCAGAAGGUCGUUGGUGGCUCGUCGUCCAAGCUCACCAAGAUCAACACCGUCCGCAAGUCGAUUGCUCGCGUCCUCACGGUCGUGAACCAGAAGCAGCGCCAGAACCUCCGCGAGUUCUACAAGAAGUCGAAGUACAUGCCCCUCGACCUCCGCUACAAGAAGACUCGCGCCAUCCGCCGCCGCCUCACCGCCAAGGAGGCCGGUGCCAUCACCACCAAGGCCCACAAGAAGGCCAUCCACUUCCCCCAGCGGAAGUUCGCCCUCAAGGCAUGA